GAAGUGCACUCUCGUUUACAUGCCAAGACUGGGACAGAUUUAUCUGUACUUGGGCAGGAGCUAACCUUCCGCAAUGGUCGCACAGCUCAGAACCGGUUUCUCAAGGCAGCUCUUACGGAAAGAACAGCCUCGUGGGAUCCCAAAGACUACAAGAAACGAGGUAUUCCCAACCAAAAUAUUGUCAAUCUUUAUGACAAAUGGGGUCAUGGCAAAUUUGGCAUAAUACUUACUGGAAAUGUUUGCGUGGAUCCCAUAGCCCUUGCAAGCAGAAUAUGUUUCCUAAUUCGAUUGUGCAGCCAGCCACGCGAUGAGUUUUUGCUUGAUUCCGACACAUCACGUUAUGAGCGCAGAUCUUUGGAGUCUGUAUAUCUGUUCCAAUUGGGAUUGUGGAAUUUGGAGUCGGCUGGAAAUGUCGUAUUUAGCAAAGAAAACGAUUGUCCGGAACUUAGGAAAAUUUGCUUGGACUGGGCUAGUGCAAUGAAACAGGAUGGAGCACUGGCCAUAGCACAAAUUUCACAUAAGGGAUGCGGAAAAUUUGAUUAA